UGUCCUCUCAUUCGACCUUUUUCUUUUUCCUGGUUCAAGGCUGGAGUUUCUUCGCACAGCAGAACCUGUUUACAAACUUCAUUCAUGGUGUAGGUAAGCAGUUCUUAAGGAGCCUCUCCUGCGACGUUAAAACCCUGCUUUCUCGUGAUUGGUGGAGUCCGCUGUCCAGGGAGCAAUGGUGAAGUAUUUUCUGGGACUGAGUGUUCUGAAGAGCUCCUGGGACCAGGUGUUUGUGGCGUUCUGGCAGCGCUAUCCAAACCCUUACAGUAAGCAUGUCCUCACAGAGGAUAUCCUCUUCAGGGAAGUCACCCCAGAUAACCGACUCAUUUCCAGGAGGCUGCUGACCAAGACCAAUCACGCACCCCGCUGGACUGAGAAGUACCUCCCCUCCAACAUGGCACGCUCUGCCUACGUCAUCGAGGACUCCAUCGUGGACCCCCAGAGCAGGACCCUCACCACCUUUACCUGGAACAUUAGCCACGCGCGCUUCAUGGCGGUGGAGGAGCGCUGUGUUUAUGGAGUGAACCCUGACAAUAACAGCUGGACUGAGAUCAAGAGAGAGGCCUGGAUUUCAUCCAACUUGUUUGGCCUCUCCAGAGCUGUUCAGGAAUUUGGCCUAGCCAGGUUUAAGAGCAGCGUUACAAAGACCAUGAAGGGGUUUGAAUUCAUCUUGGCAAAAAUGCAAGGGGGUAUUCCUUCGAGGACACUGGUGGAAACAGCUAAAGAAGCAACAGACAAAGUAAAGGAGACAGCUCUGGCAGCUACAGAGAAAGCCAAGGACCUGGCCUCCCAGGCCCAGAAAAAGCAGCAGUAUGUCUGAGCUGCAAGCUUACAGAUUUACCACUUGGGGGCAGCACCCCCGUUCUCUUCGGCAGCUGAGUGGAGAUUUUAGGGCUUGUUAGACAGCGGUCCUGUGACGCCACCUUCAAUCCCCAGGCAGUGUUGCAGCUACAGAAGGCUUGUUUCCCUGCCUCAGUCUAUCUAAAGCAACGUUUGUUGCUUCUGACUGAAAUCGUAACAGACAAUAAAAAGUGGCAGCACGCUGUUUGAAAAUCAAAUUGUGAAACGCCUUCAUUUCCCAAACCACCAAGAUUCAAUAUUAUGUUUUAAUCGUUUUAUUUAUACAGAACUUAGAAAGUCUGAAUCGUUUCCUAUGUGGCUUUGAACCCAUUUGUCUGCAAGCAUCCUCCCUAAUCACUGGUAAACAGAGGUGUGUGCGUCUGUGUGUGUGUGCGCGCACAUGCUUCUGUCUGUGUUAGCUGAGUCCUGUGUCUGACAUUACUUUCAUUGUUUACUGUUUUUCCUCAUUUGUAUUUUUAUUUUAUAGAAUUGUAAAUUCUUUGCUUCAAAUAGUUGAUGAACAAAACCAAUGAAAAAUCCAGUUGAACUGAGAUUAAGACCAUGUUCGUCCCAAAAUAAAUGAUAUGAUGAGAACUGGGUGGUGAGCUUUUCUUCACAUACGUCUUGAACUAAUGAAACCCCCUGCUUUAACACGCUUACUAAAGGUAGCGUGAGGUGUUGGACAAGAAAUCCACAUGCGUGGACAGGGUGGUACAGACAGUCCUAUUGCCUGCAAAGUAUUUUACAUCUAUCUGAACAGCAAAACAAAAAAACUAAGAUAAAAGUCUUAAUAAAUAUACAAAAAUAUUUAUUAUCGUACAAAAUCAUACAAGUAUAAACAAUGCUACAUGAGAUUACUUCUACUGGGAGAGGAAAUAAUAAACUGCCCAACUCUGAUCCAGUAUUGAGUCUUUCCCAUCAUGCCUUCAGCUUCCACAGCAAGCCCUUACCGGCUCCAGAGCCCAGAGGCUGGGGUACUGCCCGGCCCGGCACAUAACACAAUCUGCAGUGUUUAUUUGAAACACAUUGCCUUUCAUCUGCUGUAGUCUCGUUAAGACUUUAACACCAGUAGAUUAUUUUGUUGUAUUUACUUGCCGAGAGCUUACUUUAGUGUCAGGAUGAUACUUAGGACAAUGUCGUUAAGAGCGAGUUUCUGGACUUCUGCAAACAAGCAUUGCUGUGCCUGAUCAUCGUUAAGGUUCGGUGAGCACAGCUGUUUUGUUAUUUUCUGUGAAAAGAAGGAAACAGGACAGCAAGUUCUAGAAAUGUCGAACGUGCUUGAGUUGCUUCUUCUCUUAACCAACCUUGCAUUUACAACCAAGCGGCGAAGGUGUGAUUCCACGUAAGCAGUCCAGAAACCUCCAUUGCUUUAAACAAUAAACCAAUUCACAAGAGAGAACCAAGGUUCUGGGGCACAGCAUUCUAGGACAAUACAUUGGAAGUGAGAUUACAACCGACACCUGACAAUCCAGACUUAACAUCAUAACUGUGUUUGAUUAUUUUCAAUGCAUCUCAUUUUUUUUAUAUUUUAAGCAUGCUGUACAACGACACGGUCAUCCCUAGAGGGCACUGUCACAUAAGGAAUGACAGACUUGGUUUCUCCUAGAGGGGAGAUACUGCAUCUGGGAAAGCACUCAAUGUGGAUCUGUACUAACACUAGUAAAGCUACUUACAAGACUUUCUACCACUUGGCUGUUUAGCAAUAGCCAAAUUACCCCCCCCC